GCCGGUGGCCUGCAGCUGGCCCGCAGGGUCAGUCUUACUCCGAGAUUUCCGAGUGCUGGGUGAUUUAAAGAGACCGAUGCGCUGGUACUUGCAAAGCCAAACUUGUCGCAGCAACUUUGAGGAACGCCAAGUCCUACCCUAGCGUUUCCGUCAUGGAUGUUUCACUCCCUUGAUGGCUCUACCCUGAGGAUUCAGGCUUUGGGACUUAAUCACUCCCUCUUCUCUCCACCAUAACUCUGCAGUCAUUUAGGAUAGGUCAUUUAAUUUUGACCUUUUUAGGCUUUGGAGGGAUUUUUUGACUCCUUUGGUUGAGUUUCAGGACAGACAGCCAGAGGAUCUGGAAGGGUAAUGCUAGACCAGGUCACACUCAUUCACAAGAACAAAAUAAAACAAAAACAAAGUAAAAACCUAGAAGAGAUCUGAGCCCUGUUUAGGAGAGCAACAACUGUCUGGGUUUGUCCCUUGGGCCUCUGAGGUCAAGCGGGCACUCCGGGGAGUUCUGGGAGCUAGGGUUGAAGGAGCUUGCAUGAAAGGUGCCAAGCAUUCUUUUCACCUGCUUUUAGGCUCUGGCAUCUCGAGGCAGAUUUUCCAAGUCCUGAAAAUGUCUAUGGACAGGGACCCAAGAUUUCUGGUUGAGGACUUGCUAUCCUCUCGGUCAAUAGUCAUCAAGUUACUUUAGCUUGCAGUCUCAAGCUUCCAGUCCUCAAGCAUCAUCUUUCCUCCUGGGGUAGAAGCACAGGCUUUUCCUCCUGACCCUCUUAUCUGAGGUGCUCAUCCCCAUCACUAUUCCUGUCUUUUUCCUUCUCUUGUCCGGAGUUCAUAUGAAACCAAACAUGGAGUAUAUUUAAGAAGCCAAUAUAUAACUAACAGACAUCUUAGCUUCUUCCAUCUUCUGUGCUUGCUUACUCUAUUUCUUCAUAGUUAAUGGAACAAAGAUGAGGCCUUCUCCCCUGCAUCUUUUAUCACUUAGUCUGUGAGAGGUCUUCCUCAAACUGGCAACUUUAGAUUGCGUUUAUUUUUCUGAUUGUUCUAGCCAUAAUUCCUGAUCUCUCUCUCCUGGUCCAUAUCUUUUUUCACAAAUUCCUUGUUUAUGAAAUGCCUCAAAGCGGCUCUCAUAUCAGUUUCUAUACAGGAAGACCUUACCUCCAUAGAUCUCUGCAGGUUUAUGUUGGUCGUGUCAAAACCUCUCUCCUAGCUCUUAAUCUUGAUGUAAUGUGGAUUCUCCACUGACCCCAGUUUCUCAAAUCUAUUUCUUUGGGCCUGUUAUAAGGCAGACAAACCUCUCCUCAUGCGCACAGGCUCCUAAUUAGUUCUGUGUCUGCUGCUAUCAAAGCUGGUGUUUCUCAUCCAUCUCUUUUACUCUGCAUCUCUACUACUUGACAUAACCAUUAUUCUCUCCCACCCUAUCUCUCAGUUUUUUUGCACUGAGAUAAUAUUCCAGGUUCUCCAUUCCUUUAAGCCAUUCUAUACCCUUCCAAUUUGUUAUCUACCCUAUACAUGCAUCAAAGAAAAUCUUUAAUUUGCGGGGUUUUUUUUGGGGGGGAGAUUUUUAAUACAUAAUUUUCUACAUCCUACUUACACAUUUUUGUAAAAUGCUGUCCUGGUUAACUGAAACUCUUUUCAUCUUCUACAACUUCCCAGCCAUCCAUCUUGAAACUGUUUCUCCAAGUCAUUUCCUCUACGAAGUUGAGGUAAUACACAUAUCACCCACCCAAUUCCUCGUAACACAAAUUUAUCCAUAUAAUAAAUGUGGAACUAAUUGUUGUAAAAGUAUAAUCAUUUUUUCUUCAGUAGUUUGUUCAUAUCUUGUUACUCAUAAUAAUUUUUAACCCAUCCACUCCAUAAUCCACAUGGCCUCCAGAACAUUGACAUCUACAUAUGUUGAGAAUCUCCUAUGCCAAUUGCUUUUCUUUUUUUUUUCUUUCAAUUGCUCCUCUUCCAUUUUAAAAAUAAGUUCCUCUUUUAUUUACUGAGAUCCUAUUAACUUGUGUGUUUUCAUUAUCUCUGCUUGCUGCAUCUCUUUCUUAAACUCUUUUGAUCACUUCUCUCUUUGAGUUUUCUUUAUCCUUCUUAUUAUUCAUCUUAAUAGUCACUCUUUUCCCCUUCUUCUUGGUCUGCUUCAGCCCCUGUCCUUCCCCUUCUCUGAAUCUGCCAUGACUCACUUCUGUGGUCCAGCUCUUCUUAACAUUUAGUACCUCUUAACAUUCUGGUACUUCGUAACAUUUGGCCCAUUCAUCUCUGUCCUGUAACUUUUUCAAAGCACAAACAACCAUCCCUACAUUUUCCUUUCCCACUUACAAAAGGAGGAAACUCUUUUUCUUCAGUUUGCGCCUUUCUUUCCCCUUGUUGUCUACCUUUUCCCCACUUCAGUUUGCCUUCAUCUAGACUCCUCCUUCUAGCAGCCUCAACCUUAAUAGCUCUUCUUGGGUCCUUUACUCCUCAGGCUAUUUCUCCCCACCUAAUACUUGUCGCCCCAACUCUCUCUCCUCUUUGUCACCUUCCAGUUCUCUCCUACUAGUCGUUUCAGUUCUCUCUUCCCAGUCGCUUUCUCGAGUUCCAACCACUGCUCUCGCCCGCUUCUGCCCUCUCUCUACAGCUCUCUCUCCUUUGCCUCCCGCUCUCCCCUCCUUCUUCUUCCCCCGGCCCUCCCCCCUCCCUCUCAGCUUCCCUGCCUGGCUUGCUGCCUCCCUCGCCUCUUGUCUCAUCUUGCCUGUGUUGUCUGGGAGGGGAGCCCUGCCUCCUCUCCCUCGCUCAGAUCAAUGCCCUGGCCACUCACUUUCUGAUGUUGCACGACGGGAAAUGCUUUGAAUACUUACGACAUGGCCGCUCACACUGAUUGCCAAGAUUGACAGCACUAACCAUCGCCUUCACUUGUUUCAAGGGGGAAGCCCCUAGUCACCCCGCUCUGCGCGCACCUCCCGGCGUCCCGGCAGCAAACUUCUGCGGGUCAACGUUCCCCCCGCCCGGGGCGGGACACCCCCGCAGACUUGAGUUAACGGGCUGCGCCGGCCGCGGAGCUGGGGGGCUCUGCUCCCUUGCUCCACGGGCUGGGCUAAUUGACCUAGCAACGACUCCCCUUGCUUAAAAUUUUUUUUUAUUUGUAUCUUUCCCUUUUUCUUUAAUGCCAUUUACUCCCGCGGCGCAGCGCAUAAGGAACACUCCCGUGCGGUACCGUCCUGGAGCCCGCCCAGGGGACAGGACCAAGUGGAGCAUCAUUACUCCCUGAAUGCCUGGGGUUCUUUGUUGCUUCUACAUUCAGCCUUAUUUGGAUUUAGCUACAAUCCGAGCAGAAGUUCGGAAAGGUCACUUUCAUGAAUUCAAAGGCAAUUUACCAGUGAUUUCUGGGUGCUGGGGCUGAUUUUUUUUUGUGCGUAUUUACAUUCUAUAUCUUCUGAUGAGGAAAGAAAAAUGCUUCAAGAAGGACUUUGUGACCCCUCAUCACUUUGUAUAAGAGCCCAGUUAGUGGUUUUUUGUGAUUUGGGAAAGGUGUCAAUGGUGUUAUGCCCUCGAGUUCUGAAGUUCUGGCUGAUGUGGUAAGAGAAAGCCGGAUUGAAGAGUGGAAGAGCAGCCACUUCAUAAGAAUGUCUUCCAAGCAAGCCACCUCUCCAUUUGCCUGUGCAGCUGAUGGAGAGGAAGCGAUGACCCAAGAUUUGACCUCAAGAGAAAAAGAAGAAGGCAGUGAUCAACAUGUGGCCUCCCAUCUGCCUCUGCAUCCCAUAAUGCACAACAAACCUCACUCUGAGGAGCUACCAACACUUGUCAGUACCAUUCAACAAGAUGCUGACUGGGACAGCGUUCUGUCGUCUCAGCAAAGAAUGGAUUCAGAGAAUAAUAAGUUAUGUUCCCUAUAUUCCUUCCGAAAUACCUCUACCUCACCACAUAAGCCUGACGAAGGGAGUCGGGACCGCGAGAUAAUGACCAGUGUUACUUUUGGAACCCCGGAACGCCGCAAAGGGAGCCUUGCCGAUGUGGUGGACACACUGAAACAGAAGAAGCUUGAGGAAAUGACUCGGACUGAACAAGAGGAUUCCUCCUGCAUGGAAAAACUACUUUCAAAAGAUUGGAAGGAAAAAAUGGAGAGAUUAAAUACCAGUGAACUUCUUGGAGAAAUUAAAGGUACACCUGAGAGCCUGGCAGAAAAAGAACGGCAGCUCUCUACCAUGAUUACCCAGCUGAUCAGUUUACGGGAGCAGCUCCUGGCAGCGCAUGAUGAACAGAAAAAACUGGCAGCCUCACAAAUUGAGAAACAACGGCAGCAAAUGGACCUUGCUCGCCAACAGCAAGAACAGAUUGCAAGACAACAGCAGCAACUUCUGCAACAGCAGCACAAAAUUAAUCUCCUGCAGCAACAGAUCCAGCAGGUUCAGGGUCACAUGCCUCCGCUCAUGAUCCCAAUUUUUCCACAUGACCAGCGGACCCUGGCAGCAGCUGCUGCUGCCCAACAGGGAUUCCUCUUCCCCCCUGGAAUAACAUACAAACCAGGUGAUAACUACCCCGUACAGUUCAUUCCAUCAACAAUGGCAGCUGCUGCUGCCUCUGGACUCAGCCCUUUACAGCUCCAGAAAGGUCAUGUCUCCCACCCACAAAUUAACCCAAGGCUAAAGGGCCUAAGUGACCGUUUUGGCAGGAGUUUGGACACCUUUGAACAUGGUGGUGGCCACUCUUACAACCACAAACAGAUUGAGCAGCUCUAUGCCGCUCAGCUGGCCAGCAUGCAGGUGUCACCUGGAGCAAAGAUGCCAUCAACUCCACAGCCACCAAACACAGCAGGGGCAGUCUCACCUACUGGGAUAAAAAAUGAAAAGAGAGGGACCAGCCCUGUAACUCAAGUUAAGGAUGAAGCAGCAGCACAGCCGCUGAAUCUCUCAUCCCGACCCAAGACAGCUGAGCCUGUAAAGUCCCCAACAUCUCCCACCCAGACCCUCUUCCCAGCCAGCAAAACCAGCCCUGUCAGUCUGCCUAACAAAAGCAGCAUCCCCAGCCCCAUUGGAGGAAGUUUGGGAAGAGGAUCCUCUUUAGGUAAAUGGAAAGGUCAACACCAGGAAGAGACUUAUGAACUAGAUAUCCUGUCCAGUCUCAACUCCCCUGCCCUGUUUGGGGAUCAGGAUACAGUGAUGAAAGCUAUUCAGGAGGCUCGGAAGAUGCGAGAACAAAUCCAGCGGGAGCAACAGCAGCAGCAGCCACAUGGUGUUGAUGGGAAGCUGUCCACCAUGAAUAACAUGGGGCUGAACAACUGCAGGAAUGAAAAGGAAAGAACCCGUUUCGAAAACUUGGGGCCCCAGUUAACAGGAAAGUCAAGUGAAGAUGGAAAGCUGGGCCCAGGUGUCAUUGAUCUAACUCGACCAGAAGAUGCAGAGGGAAGUAAAGCAAUGAAUGGCUCUGCAGCUAAACUACAGCAGUAUUAUUGUUGGCCAACAGGAGGUGCCACUGUGGCUGAAGCACGAGUCUACAGGGAUGCCCGUGGGAGGGCCAGCAGCGAGCCACACAUCAAGCGACCAAUGAAUGCAUUCAUGGUUUGGGCGAAGGAUGAGAGGAGGAAAAUCCUUCAGGCCUUUCCUGACAUGCAUAACUCCAACAUUAGCAAAAUCUUAGGAUCUCGCUGGAAAUCCAUGUCCAACCAAGAGAAGCAACCUUAUUAUGAAGAGCAGGCCCGGCUAAGCAAGAUCCACUUAGAGAAGUACCCGAACUAUAAAUACAAACCUCGACCGAAGCGCACCUGCAUUGUUGACGGCAAAAAGCUCCGGAUUGGGGAGUAUAAGCAACUGAUGAGGUCUCGGAGACAGGAGAUGAGGCAGUUCUUUACUGUGGGGCAACAGCCUCAGAUUCCAAUCACCACAGGAACAGGUGUUGUGUAUCCUGGUGCUAUUACUAUGGCAACUACCACACCAUCACCUCAGAUGACAUCUGACUGCUCUAGCACCUCCGCCAGCCCAGAGCCCAGCCUCCCGGUCAUCCAGAGCACUUAUGGUAUGAAGACAGACAGCGGAAGCCUAGCUGGAAAUGAAAUGAUCAAUGGAGAGGAUGAAAUGGAAAUGUAUGACGACUAUGAAGAUGAUCCCAAAUCAGACUAUAGCAGUGAAAAUGAAGCCCCAGAAGCUGUCAGUGCCAACUGAGGAGUGUUUGUUUGCUGAAUUAAAAUACUCUGACAUUUCACCUCCCCUCCCCCAACAAAAAAAAGUUCUUAAAGAGCCCGCAUGCAUUUGUGGCUCCACAAUUACAUCAGCAGAAUGGUCUUAAUUGUUUCGUAAAGUGUGAGACAGAUUAAGUUUUCCCGGAUUUUUCAUGAACUUGAGUUUUUUGUCGUUAUUGUUAUUGUUGUUGUUGUUUUUUAAUUUAGGUGAAGACAUAUUAAAUAUGAGACACCAGGACUUGAAAACUUAUCUCAACCCAUAGCUGUCUUACAAGUCUUAUAUUUUUUGUCUUACUUUUUUUUUUUUCUUUUGGAUGUUGAUAAAGGUUUAAGUUACUGUUUUAGAUGGGGUUAAACAUUCUCACUCAGGUAUGCUGUGCCGGCCUACAGGUUGUGAAUGUGUUUUUAUUCUGAAUUAUUUUAGAAAACAACUGAGAAUUUCAUAUUGUGAAACAGAACAAGUCCACAGCGUGUGCAGCUGCAUGUAGAGCAUAUUCAAAAGGCCUCGGAAUUCCAUUUUUUCCAUGUGUAGAGUGAAACUUUGAAUGUGCCAAACUUUUUCAUCACUUUGAAUCUUACUAUUUUGAAAGUCUUAAAGGAGACACUGCAAAGUCUUAGACAAUCUUUGGCAUCUUAAAACAACAUAGCAAACCACACUUUUUUUUUUCUUUCCAGAAAAUGGUAAAGUACUCAGGAAUCUGGAGACAAGAUAGUGUAAGGAAUGAACAAGGUUGCCACAGUGCAUGUACCCAAUUGUGUUUGCCUCUUGACGUGCCAUCAGUGUGCGACGUGGUAGGACGUCCACACGCCAGAGCGAUCACCACACCAGAUACCGACAUGGUGGUCUUCUCUGCCUGAGACCACCUCUCACUACAUCCAUUAUCCCUUUGCCUUUAACCCUGACAUUCAGUCUUAACACAUUUUCUCUUAAAUAAUUUAUUCAUUCCAGAAUGUCAAGGGUCCACUUACUAUUUAUUUAAAAAAAAUUGUUGGUGGCAUUAAUUUAAUAAUUCUUUUUUUUUUCACCCUCCUUCCCCAAAGAACUUUUCAGCCCUUUUCACCUCCUUCUCCUGCUAGAUACAAAAGAUGUACAUAGCAAUCGUAUGUCCCCAGAGCAUCUGGAAACAUUUCUGAAACAAGAUACUACUAAAUACCUGUAUUGUUAUUUUCGAACAUCAGUGUAUAUAUGGCUGCAGAGCUGUGUAUUUGGAUGCAGGUGCAGAGUCUUACACUUCAACAGGUAUGCCCCUGAGGUUCACCGUGAGCUUGAAUCUUUUGCCAGAAUUCCCCCCGAUUCACUUAAGCGACAAGUGGUAGGAUCUGCAUCAGUGGCGUUUCCCUUGAAUGCCCUUCCGCAGCAAGGGUCAAGAGUGGUGACUGCCAGGCAGGAGAGUCCCACAGCUAGUCCUAAAGCCCGGAGCUGUGGGCCAUGUAGGAGUCCACAGAGAUGCUGUCAUGGGCUGGCACCUUUACCCUGAACUGCCGUGUCUCAUCCGGCACAUCUAGGGAUGUCUUUGCAAAAUCCCCAGGGUGCAAAAAGCCACAUGAUAGCCUCCAAGUAAAGAUAGAGGCAAGUAGUCUUGAUACAUCCAGAGAAUGAUAGAAAACCAUAGGGAAGGAGAAGGAGGGGAAAUACAUUCCCUAUAUGGGAUGUUCCUACUGUUAACUCUGGGGAACAGAUCACUCCUGGAGCAGCAGACAAGUUCCUCUGGCUCACGCCCUCCAUCUGUGGCUGCAUGGGUGUCGUGCCUACGUGUGAACAAGAUUAACUUCCCUUGUCACACAAGCAUUUCUCUGGAGAUGAGCUGUUGGGCAGGGAGGCAGUGAGGCUUCGUUCCCCAUCUCCUAACCACAGGGGGCUCGGCCCUGCCAUUUUGACUUUUCCCAAAACCAGGACUGAUUGCCUAUGGGGAGAAGGGAGGCAACAGGGGUCGGGGGGGGGCUCACCCAGAGUAAUUCAAUGAGAGAAUGUCAGCGAAAGGGACAGUUCACCUCAUGGGACAAACAGAAUCUGAUCACCAGGACAUAGGAACGGCCCCAUCAGAUUUCUUGAGCCAUUUUGUCACUUGGAAGAAAAUAGUGUACCUUCAUAUUUAUUUGCGUGCUCAAGGCCAUACCUAAUAGCAAUAAAUAGGUCUAGCCAAGACAUUGUUGUCUCUGUCAUUAGCUGGGAGUGCUCUCUAUAAGCUGAUUAAGGUACUGAUAGGAAUGUUUGGUUCUUAAUAUUGGUUGGGGAUUGGAGCUUUGUUUUUGUACAUUUAUUCAAAUGAGGAGGAGGUCAUUUUUCUUAAAAAAAAAUGAGUAUUUAUUAUUGUCUUACUGAUUUCUUUUGAUUAUAUACCUCUCCUCCUCAGUUCAUGCUCGUGUUUGUUUUUGUUUUUUUUUUUUUUUUCCCUCUUUCUCUUUGACUCUUGCCUUUGCCCUUUCCCACUCCUCUUUUAUUUUGUUGCAUAGGUAGAGUGCUGUAUGGCUAGUGUUGUAUUGUAUGUAAUUAAUUUUGCACAAAGGCAAACAUUUAGAAUAGUAGGUUAAUUUUGUUUGUUUUUAUGACCAUGCCAAAAUAAUAUUCUGGGCUGGUGGAGAACAAAGGACUGUUCUUUAGGACUGAAACUUGAUUUUGCUUGUAAUAAAAAAAAAAAAAAGAAACAAACAAACAAACAAAAAAAGAAAACAAAAAAACCCCAACAAAAAACACACACACUCACAUAUGUUGUUUCGUAAGUGUUAUAAGCACUGGAUAUAAAUGGUAUUUUUUAUCACUUCUGACUAAUGUGAAGCUGUUGUAUGAAAACUACAUGAACAAAAGUCAUCUGUUUCGACUCGUGUGGGCUUGCCUCACAGUUGCCGGAUUUGAGUCAUUUUUAUGUCUUGUUAUUUCAUUUAUUUAUGCAAAAUACAUGUGUGUAUGAACACUUUGUUUUAGCUCCAGCUCUGCCCCAGUACUGGGGUUCAGUUACUUCUAGCCAUGUUCUUAAAAACGAAAGGCUGUUCAGGAAUGAUCUGAUUGUAAACGUCUCUUUCAUUGGGUCAAACAGUAAUGCUGUAUUUGAAUCUAAAUUCUGCACAUAAGCAGUUUAUUCUAUUUAUUAGCCAAGUUUGGCUCUAAAUAUCCAUGGAAAUUAAGAAUGACAAUCAUAGGGAUCACUUCAUUUUAUUUUCAGUGGGGCUUAAACAAAGUUUUUAUGACUUUACCAUCUCAUUUUAGAUUUUUUUCUAAUUGUGUAAAUGUAACAUAGAAAUAGAAUUUAUUUUUGGUUCAUGAAUACUUAGUGAAAUAUAAGUUAUGUAUUCCCUUUUUGUUCUCUAUCCAUAUAUGUUGGUCCAGACUAGAAGUUGACAAGUCACUGUACCUCAUGGGUAGUGAAUUAUCAGCCACAGUGAGAGAGCAGAGUCCCACCUGCAGCUGAAGCAGUAAAACCCUUCACUCGGGUUCUCAUAGAGUGUAGAACCCACUGUCCACAGACUCAGACUUUCACUUUUUUUUUUUUUCUUAUGGAAAGUUGAUGAAUUGAACAUGGUGAAUUUCCAGUACAGCCAGGAGAGCGUCAGUUUGCUUUGUGAAUCCACAUCAGUCUUGUAAGGUAGUGCUAUGACCAUUUAAUAGCAAGAAGCAUGAAUGCUAUUAUAAAGGUGAAAAUCUGCCUCUGAGAUUGGCCAUUGACAAAAGUCCCAUCGUGCCAGUUGGGUUAAAGAAUGUUAAGUGACUUCUUUUUCGGUGCUCCCAAUUUCACACUAUCUUCAAAUACAGGUAAAAAUGAGCUCCAUUUUGCUAAAGAAUUUGCAGGAUUCUAAGUGAAGAGUUUUCACUUAGAAGAGGGGCACUGGCAGAUAAACCUGCCCUAAAACAAUAGACCAUAUGGAAUAGGAAGGAAGGAAAGGAAGAAGGAAAGGAAGAAAAAGAAAGACAGAAAGAAAAAGAAAGAGAGAAAGAAAGAAAAGAAAGGAAAGAAAGAAAGGAGAUAGAAAGGGAGAGGGAAAAAGUCAGUCUGUGUACAGGAGCAGCCAGCAGGCAGUUUCUCUAGUUCUUUGGCAGAUGCGAUGCAGUAUCUUUUCCAGGAAGGUACGAAAGUUUGGUUGUUUUCACGUGUAUUCAGCUCACCCUUUUAGGAGCACAUCAGUUUGCUUCGUUUGGUAUUUGAUACUCCCCAGCCUUGUCCUCAGGCCUGAUUUGAUUUGCCAGGGUCCUGACACCAACUCUCAGGCCAAGUUCUAAAUUCAGGUGUGGGCUCACAGUGCUAUUGAGCUUGUCAAAUUCUGGCCUCCCCUGAACAUGAGCCCCACUGGAGCCUGGGGUGUUUGAAAAGGGUGUGAUCACUCUAGGGCUGAAAUUAAAGGCUUCUUUCUUUUCCUGAUGAAGCCAGGCUGCUUCUCCAGAGCACACCCUCCCGAGCAGGGAGCACAAGCACUAGCUGAAAGCAGGGAUUGUUUCAAGGAAGCCCAUCGACCCCCGUAGGAAGGCAGCCUGGUCACUUGAACACCACAGCUGAGGCUGCUUCUCUCAAUUUACUCAUUUUGCAAAGCAGUGACCUCUGCUUACUCAUUAGGGAAAAGAAAAAGCAUCACUUAGUAGUUUUAAACCAUAUGAGAAGUCCUGUACCAAGUGCCAACGAUUGCAAAGAAUGCAGCUAGAGGAAUGUAUUGAAAUUAUUACUGGGUCUUCCUUUUUAAUAAGAAAAUGACAAAAAUGGUUGCUGUAGCCUUGCCUGAUUUUGUACGUUUGUCUAAGGACUGAGUUGGCACUUAAGCUCACUUCUCAAAGUAUAAUAAUAUUGUAUGACCUCAUUUGUCCUUUCACAAAAGCACUUGCAUCAUUUCCUUAAGUCAUCUGCCCCCUGACAUGUUUUCUUCCUUAAUAAACAACUUCUCUCUGUUAUUCCUGCCGAUUUAUGUUCUGUUUCUGAUGCCAUAUGCUAUUGAGUGUCACACUCUGCUAGUAUGACUGAAAUAUUGAUAGGCAAACACAUUUCCUUUUCCUCCCCUCCCCGUCUUUUUCUUUGGGGACAGAUUUCUUUCCAGAAGCUCGGAAUGCUGGUACCUUUGGGGCAGGGCUAGAGGUGGGUGGGGGAGGGGGCAGAAAGGUAAUGCUUAGCGCAGAUGCUCUUCUAAUCAGCAUCCGUGGCCAUAUGAAAGCUUGAAGGCAACUCAGUGACAUAUCUUGCUCAGUAGUUUCUUAUUCCUGAAGAACCACAAACCUAAAGUGAGGCCUCAGUGCUGGUGCUCUUGGAGUAUGGGGAAUGUGCAAAUAUUUAACUGUUUUGUCUGCUGCACAUUGCAGAUCUGCUCAUGUGCAUUCUCCGUUUGUCUUCCUUUGUCCUAUGUGUUUUUGCUUUUCGGAAAGUGCAGUCUUUAUUGUACCCUUCUCCGGCUUGUAGUGCAUUAGAAUGCCUAGCAUUUAUGUUCAUUCAUUAUUGUAUUUGCCAUGUAAAAUUUUUUAUUACCUUAGACAAGCUUACAAGCUGUUACUACAUAACUUAUCUUACUGUAACUCUUUUAUUUCCCGACAUUGUAAUUUGUUUGUGAUGUAUAUUGUGAGAUUGUAUUCUAUGUUAAUUUAAUCAGCACAAUUCACUGACAUGCUGGACUGACAUGCUGGCUGCUGUUUCGAAGUGUAAAGUUUGUGUAGGGCUGUUGGGACAACUGCAACUCUGUUGUCAAGGUACUGUGCUGGUUCCUCUAGCAACACCACGGGUGUGGCCCUUGGGACGCUGAGGGCAUUUACAACACCCUUGAGCAAAUUUUAACUGCAGAUUUUCUUUGUAGAAAUUCUAUGUAUAACGCAGGUACCUACUUGGCCCAUGGCUGGUAACUAUUUGGGCAAUUAGAAAAAAAAAAAAACAUACAAACUAGUGUCUAUUGCUGCUUUGAAUAUGUUUGAAAGUCUGAAAAUGUAAAUAGUUUAUCAAAAAAAAAAUCUUGUACAGUCCAGUGUAAAGUUUUUAAAUGACCUUAAGGGUUGCCAUCACAUCUUUCUCACACUCUCCUCUUGACAAUGGAAAAAAAAAGUUUGCUAAGGAUUAAAGAAAUACAAAAAAAAAAAAAAAAAAAAAAAAAAAAACUCUUCAAAUUUAAAGGAAUGAAUCAUUGUUCUUAGCUUUGUUGCAUACACAAACUUCUUGGAUUUUGUUGUGCAGUAUUGACGUGAGAUAAAACUCAACCUUGAAUCAUCUUUCAGUGGUACUUUUCAAAGUCUUCCCCUCCUUGCCUCAUAAUUAAGGGAAAAGACAAAAUUGAAAGACACACUGUCUUUAUCCUGGUGUAUGUUGGCACCUUAGCUACUUUUUUUUUUUUUUUUUUUUUUUCCUUUUUGCACAAGGUGCUUUCCUGAUAUGUUAAACAUGCCAUCUUUGGGUGACAACAUAUAUGCCAUGAUGGGGCCUAGGCCCCUCAGGGGAGUGUCUAUAAGAACUGCCUAUUUAUGCUCAUUUACCUCAAGACUGUCCUCUCUACCCUUAAUCUAGUCGUCAUCACUCCAUCUUUUGUACUGCUGUUGACACUUACAAAUUAAAGAUAAAUUUUGUUUUAUGA